AUGGACAUGGGCGGCCCUCAACACUCGGCGCCUGUCAAUUUCGUCAACGUCUUCCGUCCUGCUUCAAGGAGCAGCAACCUGAAUCCCACCACCCAUACCGCAACCAUUACAGCCGGGACGACGACGACGUCCACGCCCAAGACGACGACUCGACGCUUCGCCUCGCUCAGAGACGCAGAACCCACCCCAGCCCCGACCCCGACUGUCCACGACGAACUCGGCGACAUGAUCGAUGCCACCGGUCCCAAGUCUCGACGUGAGCGCACCUUGAUCGGCACAGAGUGCGCAGCAUGCGAGGAGCCGCUGGAACACACGUUGCGCGGCGAGCGCAUCCUGCAACUGUCGUGCGGCCAUGUCGCUCACGAAGCUUGUUUCUACGAGUUCAUCAAGGAGUUUGAGUCCCAGGAAUGCCCCUCGUGCAACGCUCCAUUGGGGCUCGACACCAGCCGAGGCGGCAAUCUCGACUUUGCAAAACUCAACAAUCUCGUCAACAACCGCAGCACAAACAGUCCAGACUUGCGCGAGCGCACAAGAGACACGGACAAUACUCCUACUCCUUGGGACGACCCGCCUCGCCAUACGCACCAAAGCUAUGCCUCUGUUCAAAGUCAAUCGCACCAUAACCACAAUUCGCUCCCGAGCCAUGCCCACCACAGCUACAACUCAGUCCAGACCGCCAUCCUCGACCCCAGCCCGCGUCCACCUACUCAAGCCAGCUUUACUCGUUCACACCAACACAACAACAGCGUCAACACGCACAACACCCACCUGACCCACAGCAACAGCCAUCAUACCAGAUCAGUCGAGUCUCGCCAGCACGAGAGAAACAACAGUCAGGCAACAGACGAGUCCCGCAAUCGUAGGAUCGAAUACGAUCUCCAAUCCAUCGCCGCCGACGUACCAAGCCCACGGCCCACCGUCAAGAACCCCAUACCUGCACCCACCGUUACUGUCCGUACCGAGUUCCCUACGCUGAAUCGAAGCCGCCAUCAGCAAAGCUUGACCUGCUUGAUCACUGUCGAAGUCGUCGAUGGAAAAUGGCACCCCGAUCCUGAAGACAUUGUCUCUCCUGCUGCCGACAGCAUCGACGCAAUGUCAAUCCCUCGCUCGCCCGAGCCGCAAAAGCAACUCGACAUCCCUCACACGCCUUCUCACGUAUUGGACCGUGUCACUGAAGACUUGCACGCCAAAGUCGACAACUGGCAUGGUCUGGACUUUUCAAGGUUCGGCAGACUGUUGCUUCAUGGUACCAUCCGCGUAGGCAAGGAUCGCCAGUCAUGGCAAGAUUUGGAGUGCUAUCUCUUUACUGAGAUGCUCAUCUGUAUCAAGGAGAAGAAGCCCCAGCACCAGUGGGAAACCGCCACGGAAUCUGCCAAGAUGAGAACGAAGUGCACACUCAAGGGUUCCAUAUUGAUCAAGAGACACUUGAAGCAGGUUCAGUUUGUUCCUGAGCAAGACAUACUCACUUUAAACCUCUCAGUCGCUGAGCUACCGCAUUUCCACCUUCAAUUCCACGACAGAUCACAGCUGGACAUCUGGCGCCGCGCUCUGGUCAGUAUCAACAGCCUCGAAACGUCUGAAAGCGACGAGGACUUCGAAACUUCUGGUACCGACGAGGACGAUCUGGCUUCAAGAGGAGGACGACGUUCUUCCAUCCCAUCGUCUUAUGGUGCUGGUAGAUCCGCCUACACCGCACCUACCGAAUACACUAGCCCUACAUUCCGUGGCACGCAUGGUUACAGACUUCCUACUGCUAUGCACGUUCCUUUGGACAUUGUAGUGGUGAUACCCAUCUCAUCGUCCAUGCAAGGUCUCAAGAUUUCUCUGCUCCGCGACGUCUUGCGAUUCCUUGUAAACAACCUUGGCGAGCAAGAUCGCAUGGGCCUUGUGACAUACGGGUCUAGCGGAGGCAGUAUGCCUGUUGUAGGCAUGACUUCAAAGAAUUGGAACGGAUGGUCUAGAGUCUUCGAGGCAAUCAAACCUAUCGGACAGAAGAGCCUGCGCGCUGAUGUUGUCGAUGGCGCGAAUGUAGCCAUGGAUCUCUUAAUGCAGAGAAAGGCGGCCAACCCUAUUUCAGGAAUCAUGCUUAUCAGCGACUCAACAACGUCCGACAUCGAGAGUGUCGAUUUUGUCGUUUCUCGCGCUGAAGCCGCCAAAAUCGCCAUACACUCAUUCGGUCUGGGUCUCACGCACAAGCCGGAUACUAUGAUCGAGCUCUCUACCCGCACCAAAGCAACAUAUACAUACGUCAAAGACUGGAUGAUGCUUCGUGAAUGCGUGGCUGGCUGUCUAGGAUCCUUGCAAAGCGUUUCACAUCAAAACGCUAAGCUGAAACUGCGCUUGCCUGAAGGUUCACCUGCCAAAUUCGUCAAAAUCAGCGGAGCGCUCCAAAUCACAAAGCGUGCCACUGGCCGUGAUGCUGAAGCAUCAUUGGGUGACUUGCGCUUUGGUGAUAAGAAAGACAUUCUCGUACAGCUAGCAAUUUCACCCGACAACUCGUCUCCCGAGCAGGAUUUGCAAGAUCCCUGGGAGACCAUUGUUUCUGGACUCGAGGCUCUCGGCGGACCGCUGGAUCAGGAUGAUAUGCGACCGGUCUCUGUCGAAGAAGUGCCUCUUAUCCAGGCGGAUCUGGCAUGGGGCGAUAUCCUUCGCGAAGGCAACGUCACUCAGCUGCCUCGUCCGUCGCUUCUUGCAAUCACCAUGCUUCCUCCAGUUUCAAAGAAAGCUUCAAUGAGCCGUACAGCAACGCCACCAAUUCCACCACACCCGUCAGUGGUACAAAGACGCAUGGAACUACUCACAUCCGACAUGCUCACGCGAGCUUUGACACUGGUCUCACGAGGCCAACACGAAAGAGCUUCUCAUCUCCUCACAGAGACUCGUAGUAUCCUGAAGGGUCUCGGCAAGGGUGGACUUCCUCCUCUUCCGCCACCUUCAGCGCCACCGACUGCUCGUCUUCCACCUACCCCCACAGCAAGCAUCCACAGCAACGGCACGGACUACCCACCUCCAGGACCACCCACAGGACCUCUGCCGCCACCUCCUAUGUCCGUCAAUCCUCCAAUCUCAAUGGAGCCUAGACGUACGCCUACACCGCCUCGUCUCGAGCCUAUGAGCCCCUUCACCCCUGCUGCUGGCAUUGACGCCGACAUCAUGUCAGCACUAGACACGGAGCUCGCUGCAUCGUUGGAGUGGAUUAACCACCCUGCCGUCUUUGGCCGUGACAGCCGCAAAGCUGUUCUGCAGGCCAUUGGCGUCAUCAGCAGUCAACGUGGCUUCACCAUGCGUACACCAGCCGAAAGCUUAUGGGCCACACGUGUCCCUGGUACAAGGCGUCUCAACGAUCGCAGCCGCGAAUGGCGUGAGAUAGGAGACGAACUCCUUGCCGAGGAGUCAUAG